AUGGAAACUAAUAGGGCGCAAUGGCUGACAAAUCAGUACCCUGAAAAUUGGUCCGCAAAGGUGGCUUCAGACGCCUUGGGCAAAAUCAUCGAGGGUAAGGGCAAGUCCCUGGAUAGUGAGAGGUGUUUGUCAUCUCAAUCACAAAAGGAUGUGAAGCGCCCAAUGCUGAUGGUGCAAUAUAGAGAAAGAAAGGAACGCCCGACUUGUUUAGUCAGCUCCUCGGCACAGGAUUUGAACACCAACGUUCCCCUGAAGGAGGCAAUUGAAAUUGCUUUACAGAAGCUGUACAACCAGCAGUCUCCUCCUGAAAUUCAAAGAGCAACCAUGAAAAGGCUUUCGAAUAUGGCGGUUGAUCGUUUAGCAAUGGGUGCGUCCCUCGCUGUAAUUCUGACAAACCCAUGGCUGAAAGAGAACGAGUUUGCUCUUAGACAAAAAAUACCGGUGGGAACAGAGAUACAGGCUCUGGAAACUAAUAGGGCGCAAUGGCUGACAAAUCAGUACCCUGAAAAUUGGUCCGCAAAGGUGGCUUCAGAUGCCUUGGGCAAAAUCAUCGAGGGUAAGGGCAAGUCCCUGGAUAGUGAGAGGUGUUUGUCAUCUCAAUCACAAAAGGAUGUGAAGCCCCCAAUGCUGAUGGUGCAAUAUAGAGGCAACCAGAGCCAAUUUUUUGCUAACAGGGCGCAAUGGCUGACAAAUCAGUACCCUGAAAAUUGGUCCCCAAAGGUGGCUUCAGACGCCUUGUGCAAAAUCAUCGAGGGUAAGGGCAAGUCCCUGGAUAGUGAGAGGUGUUUGUCAUCUCAAUCACAAAAGGACGUGAAGCCCCCAAUGCUGAUGGUGAAAUAUAGAGAUAGAUCUGUAAUGGCUGUCUACGAGGAAUAUUCACCCGAACUCCACGAUUCAUUGCCACCUCUAGAUACCGAUCCUGGAACAGGCGAGGAGGUGAAAUUCGACUGCAUUUGCCUGGGUACCGGAUUGAAGGAAUGCGUUGUAUCUGGACUUCUGUCAAGAUCAAAGAGGAAGGUACUGCACCUUGAUAAAAACGAUUUCUAUGGCGGUGAUACCACGUCGGUCACCUUGAAAGACCUUUAUGUCAAACACAGAGGCGACGGAUCUCUAGCUUACAACUACGGCCGAGAGAAAGACUGGUGCAUUGAUUUGAUUCCCAAAAUUUUGAUGGCCACGGGAAAGUUGAUCAAAGUGCUGAUUUACACAGACGUACACCGUUACGUUGAGUUCAAGCAAAUUGAAGGCAGUUACGUUUGUAAAAGCGAAAAAGCAAGUUUCAGAGUCUCGAAGGUGCCGGCAAAUGAAAAGGAAGCAUUGACAUCCGAUCUUCUGGGGUUACUGGAGAAACGUAGGUUUAAGAACUUUCUCAUCUUUGUAGACAAGUUUGACUCCGAAGACCCUGCUACAUUCCAGGGCCACCCUGGUCAAGUUACUAUGAAGGAAUUGAUGGCAAAAUAUUCCCUCGCAGACAGCACAGUUGACUUUGUAGGCCAUUCGAUUGCUCUGCACACCGAUAAUAGUUACUUGGAUGAGCCAUAUGGCCUUACUGUAAAGAAAAUGAAGCUGUACCUGGACUCACUGAUGCAGUAUGGAAAGAGUCCCUAUCUAUAUCCAAUGUAUGGCCUUGGAGAGCUGCCACAGGGAUUUGCCAGAUUGUCAGCCAGGUACGGAGGGACUUACAUGCUUAGAGCAGCACUGGAAAAGAUUCUUAUGAAGGACGGAAAGUUUGCCGGAGUAGUUGUUGAUGGAAAGAUUGCUCGAGCCAGCCAAUGUGCUUGUGAUCCAUCUUACGUACCCGACAAGGUAAGACAGGUUUAUCAGGUUGUUAGGGCCAUAGUUAUUAUGGACCAUACACCAGCUUGCGUGAGCAACUCAAGAAACCCGCCUGAAUCAUGUCAGAUAAUCAUUCCAAACAACCAGUGUAACCGAAACUCCGAUAUCUACGUGUGUUCCGUUGGCUGGACCAACGAGGUAGCUCCAAAGGGAUACUACCUGGCGAUUGUAGCAACAAUGUGUGAGUCGGGACCCAACGGGAACUGGAAAGACGAAGUGCGACCAGGAGUGGAUAUCCUCGGACCAGCGAUCGAUACUUUCUACUCAUUAGAUAACUUCUACGAGCCAAUUGGAAACGGACAGGAUGACCAAAUAUUCGUGAGCACAAGCUACGAUCCGACUACUCAUUUCGAGACGACCAGUCUCGACAUAGUGAGAAUCUACGAAGCGAUGACAGGGGAGAAAAUCGACUUCGAUAAUCUGCCAUACAAAGCUCCGUCGGAUGAAUGAAAUUUACCGAAAUUAACAUAGGCGGGCAUAGAGAUUAGAAAUACAGUUGGACAUGUAUUUUGAAAACUUGCUGAUGUUAUUUACACCAUAUACUAUUGUCAGAUUUUAAGCGUGUUUUUUAAUUGUAUAACGAUGUCGUUGAAUUAAAAUCGGCAGGUCGCAGCGCACUCAAUCAGAAAAAAGUUGAGAAGAGUUUUGAGAAGGUAGCAUCUGAAAUCUGAUUGGCUGUUCUAGUGAAGUAGCAUAAAUUACAUCUAUGAUAUGAUAGCGGCUCUUCAUUGAUUAUUUCAUAAGUCUGAAAUGUAUACUGGUUAAUACAGCCCCUGAUAUAAUUUGAAUAAUAUUUAAUCAUUUAAAUGCCGUUUAAAUUUACCCUUCCGUUGAAAAUUUAGUUAUGCAUGGACACAGUGUAAUGGGCGAACAUAAUUGUCAACAAUACAGGGCUAUUUUUGUGUCGUUGAAUCGUAACUUUUUUGAAGUGUUAUGUAGUUGUAAUUUGAGCUAUCUACAAAAAAAUUAUUUAUUGAGCUUUUUUGUCGGUCAGUUUAACUAAUUUGUCGCAUGCAGUUUUUGAUCUCUUGAACUGAGAAGACUUUUUGUUCAAGAGUGUUUGGCAAAUCUCUUUAACGAGAAUUAUUAGAUUAAGUUUUUGAGACUUGUUAAUCUGACCCUUUUUUGUAACCCUGAUUUAAACUGUUAUUGAUUCUAAACACCCUAUUGUGCUAUUGACUGAUGUUACUUUCCAACAGUUUUACAUAGAGCUUUGAAGUUAUAAUUUGGCCAUACCAACGAACGGUUUUACUGCAAUUCGAAGCUCUAUUUUAAAUGGCUUCAAAAUAUAACCCUUAAAUGUUAUGUUUUGUAGAGAGCGAAUUAUGUUUGAUGAAUUGAAGGUAGGAGUAAAUGGGACAAAUUUUAUGGAAUGCAAAAUGAUAUAUUCUUGUCUU